GAAGAGGAAUCAAAAGAAGGAUGGGAAAACAAUAAACGAAAAAAAGAUAAAAAUCAGCAAGAGGCUACAAGGAAAGACAACAAUAGGAAGGAAAUAGCAAUAGGAAGACAACAAGGAGAAGUAGAAAAGAAAAAGAACGAAACAAAAGACUGA